UAUCACCAUGCCCAAGAAGGGCAAGAAAGGAAAGAAGGGGAAGAAGGGAAAGGGGAAAAAGGGGAAAAAGGGAGCAAAGAAGAAUGAAUCCAUCGCAAAGUUAGCAGUUGCCAAUUCUAAAGCAUGGGAGGCAAGGCUGGAUGUGGCAGAAAAUGCCAAGCAGGAGUACCGAGAACAUGCAAAGAGGCUAAUGCUGGAGAACGAUGGCCUCCAGAGUACCAUGUUGAGGUCAGAACAGGAGGCCAUUGAAAUCUUCACACUUUUACAGAAGAAGGAUGAACAAAAAAAUAACACUCUGGAGAAACUGCAGCAGUCUAUUCGGGACCAGAAAAAAGAACACAGAAAAGACAAGGAGAACAUUGUGGAGGAUUUCAGUCAACAGAUCAAUGAGUUAGAGGAGAGACUGUCAGAACGUAGUCGUGAAGUAGACCUUCUACAGACGGAACUCAAGCAAGUGAAAGAGUUUCGACGAAAGAGAGGGCAGAUGCAGAAGGAUCUUGAUGAGAUAAAAGAAUCUAUGUACAAUGCUAACCGAGAUCAUAAAGCUACACUCUCACGAAUGGAACAGAAAUUUUUUGAAGAGAAGAUGCGACUUCAACAGGAAGCAAACCAGAAGAUUGCAGAAUUGGCUGAGCGUGCCCACACAGAAGCUAUUACAAAUUUAGACGAGACAACAAAAUCUGUAUACAAAGAGAAUGUUCGGUUGUCAGAGGCUCUCAAUUACCAUCUGAAGGAGGGAGAAAUGCUGAAGAAAGUGAAGGAAAAAUUAACAGAUGAAAAUGAAAAUUUGUCAGGGGAGAAAGAACUCAACGACAUGAUUGUACAAGAAAAAGUUGUACAGUCAAAACAACAGAAGGAACUUAUACGACAGUUGAAUGAAAAAGUGCAAACACUGGAACAAUCCCUUAGUCACAUGGCUAGGGAAUUUAAAACUGACAAGAAAGCAGCGAUGGAAAGGUCACGUAUUGAAAAUGAGGCUGCAAAGAUUGAGAUUGCAAAACUCCAGCGAGUUAUAGAACUGAAAAAUAAGGAAAUGAAUAAGGUGAAGAAACUUGCGAAAAAUAUACUGGAUCAGCGAACAGAACUGGAAAGAUUCUUCCUCGAAUCACUUGAGCAAGUCAGGCAUGAAAUUGCAGCCAACCAGGCUCAAUAUCGCAGAGAUGCCCAGGGGGCUUAUCAACAGAGGAUGCUGAAAGCAUUCUCUGGAAAGGGAGAUUACCCUAGAAUUAGGACUUUCAAUAAAUCUGACCAGAGCACAAACAGUGUGUACAAGGAUUUAGAGGCUGCCGAAACUCUAUAUGACAUAUCAGGUAAAGUUGACAUUGGGGAUCUCACUUGGGAACAGAAGGAAAGAAUUCUACGAUAUCUGUUUGCAAGAAUGAAUGGUAGUAGGCAACGAGAAGGUAAUUCUCUGUCGGCCCCUCCCCUUCCAUCUAUAGAGCAGAGACAGCACCGCCUGAGCAUCACACAGGGAGAAAAAACUGAAGAUGAUUCUGGUGCUACAUUCCUAACCCAGGCCCAAAUGGACCCUGCCCUAGGGCAAGAUGGUGUCCCAGAGCUACAAAAGGCAUGGAUGGAGCCCCAUCCUCCACCGUUAGCCAUAUAGAAGUGUUUGUGUGUAUGGAGCCCCAUCCUCCACCGUUGGCCACAUAGAAGUGUUUAUGUGGAUUGAGUCACGUUCUCUGGCGGUGGUUACAUAGAAGUGUUUGUGUGAAUAUAGCCACAUCCUUUACUGGUGGUCACAUAAAAGUCCUUCAGAUAGAUAUUAAACACCUUUAUUUAUGGCAACAGAAGUCAACUUUGGAAAAUUUGUUAUUUUCGAAGUGACAUUCAUGAAAUCCUAAUUCUCACAAUUUGGAGUUGACAACUGGUGUUGUCUAGGUCUAGAUGCCGAAAUAUUUUAUUUCAAUGCUGGGGUCUAAUAAAGGCCUAUCAUGACAGGAUGCCAAAAAAAGACAUGAACUGUGUAUUACAUCAGCUGAAGAACAAAACCUCAGCACUGAAAGUUAAUCCAUCAUUUGUGCCUAAAACAUUUUUACUCCAGUAUUGGACCUAACCGUGAUGCCAAAUUCAUUUUUCUAAAAAGAGUGCACAUCUUAUAAAAGUAUUGAAAGGUUCCCACACUACAGAUGAUACUGUUCUCUGUGCUGGAUUUUCUGUAGAAAUUUAAAUCCUGAGAGACAUUCAGCAGAAAAAAUGUCAUUGAAUGGAAAAAUUUAAAGUUAAUAUUUCAUAUAUAUAUAUGUCUCUCCUUCUCUUUAUAUAUAUAUCUGUUAUAGGUUUGAUUGAGUGAGAGAGAAAGAUUCAUAGUGUUAGAGGGAGAGAAUGAGUAAUGUUAGUAGUACUGACCUAAAUAUGAUAGACCUAAUAAAUAUACACAUGUGUAUUGAAAAUAAACA